UAAUGCUGCCCGUUGAGUUAGAAUCCAACAAGACAAUAAACUUCAAUCAGAAAGUUGAGAUUCCAUCGUGGUUGGAAUUGAAAGAAUUGUUAAAAUUAGCACCAGAAAUUAUAGCAGAUGAAAGCGAGAGUGAAAAGAAAAUCAAAGAAGAUCUUAUUGCAAAUAUUACAAAUGAAAUAGAGAUUUCAAAAUACUGUCCCACAGAAGAGGUUUGUGUCAAUCAAAGCAGAAAUCCACAGGAAUACUGUGAGGCAGUUAGUUAUGCUUUAUAUCCUUCGUAUGAAGUAGAAAUGCCACUAACUCCUCCAUGCAGACCGCAAAGAUCACACGUGAAUUUGUUGUGUGCAGGACUUCAGGCAGAACCUAUUUCUCCUGUUUGUAACAGUAUUCUGUUUACAGAAUCGACUAAGCAGCACUUAGAGCAUCUAGUGUGGCAGUCAGAAAAAUACCAAAAUGCUGUGAACUCUCUUUUGCUUGAAGAGACUCAGAUCAUUGAACCUAUAUUUCAACAUCAUUCAGUUACAGAACUGAAAAAGUUACUGUCUGUCCAGGUGGAAGCUCCAUUGUUUAGCCCAUUAAAAUCAGGCUGGUGGAUUGAUUCAGGACAAAAUCUGGUAAUACCAGAUUCUUUGGAGCAACUAAGCACUGAUUUGGGUAGUGAAAAUAUCCUGUUUCCUACUAAAGUGGAAGUAUUCUCACAAAUUAAAGAAUUUCAGUUAGAAAAAUGGCUUGAAGAGAAGAGCUCCCUUACUAACCAAGGACUACUUUCUGUCAGUGCACAUCACUGGGACCAAAUAACAAAUUCUCAUUUCUCACCUGAAAAGAAGACCCCAUUCUCACCAUUACGUUUGAAAGCUAAUCCUCAUAUCAAUGUAUGUGAUUCAAAUGAAUCUGUUGAACAACUAACAAGGCAGGACAAACAGGAAAGUGAAACAGAAGGACCAAUGCAUUUCUUAUAUCAUGAAAAGAAAAGAAAAGAUUUAUCUGACUCACUUAAUUGUAAAGAAGUAUUUUUUAACUCGAACAGCUCAAGAAAAAGCCAGAAAACGUCACCAUUUGAACAGUCUAGACAAUGUCAUGAUGAUUCUGACCUGAGCAGUUUUAUCAUGCUGAGAUCGAAACAGGUUUUCAUCCAAAAUGAGGAAAAAAAUAAUGUGGAUAGGCAGAAAGAGGCGCCAGAAAUUAAAGACUGUUCAGAAGUUGUCAAACAAACUGUUUGUAAGACUAUAUUGACAGAGAAAACAGAACAGGAGAAUCAAGGCACCAUUUCAGUCAAAAUUCAAGCAUCGGAAAGCCAAUGCCAGGCAUAUCGUCUGUUAGAAGCAACAGCCACUCCAGUUCUAAAAGAAUUGGUGCAUCUUGGCAUACUUGCUGCAGUGAAUUGGAGAUUUGCCUCUGUUAAAUUUGAUCACACUAGAUUUUUCUUAAAGCAGCAGGAAAAAAAGAUCUGUGAUAUUUUUAAACAAGGCAAAAAUAGUGAGAAAGAAAUAAUGAUAUUCAAACAUGCUGCUCUGGUGCAUCUCUUGGUGACAAUUCGAGACCUCCUAUUAAUGUGUAGCUUGGAUACAGCAUUAGGAUAUUUAUCCAAGGCAAAGGAUAUCUACACAAACAUCUUAGGUUCUUCUUUGGAUACUAUUUGGAGGCAACUGACGAUUGUACAGUGUAGCAGCCAGAAAAAGCAUGAAACCAGCCCCAAAAUAACAGAACUUCACUGUCAGAUGUUAAAGUGGGUGCAGAGUAAUACAGAAGAACAGAAUCAUAAGGUAUUAAUCAUAAUAAGAAUGGAUGAUGAUAAUGAAAAAGCUGCCAUCAUUAAAACCCUUAGUACAGUAGAAGGUUUAAAAUCCAUGGUUUUGAAUCCUGAGAACAGAGGAGUUUUGUUAGAACACAACGUCUUAAGCAGUCUGAGUAGAUAUUCCUGUGUUAUUGUACAUAAUCAACACAUUGGAGCUGACUUUCCUUGGACACAUUUCUCAUUAGUGAUAGAGUAUGACUGCACAGAGAACUCCUGCUGGAAUGAGCUGUGCAAAAAUUUGAAUAUUACCUACAUAACUUUUAAAACCACUGUCCCAGAAACACUUGUAAUGGAAAAUGUUUCAGGUGAAAAUUUUGGGUGCGUUCUUCUGGAGGUGCAGAUUCCGUAUGUGUUUCUGACAACGGAAGGACUUCUUAAGGCACCAGAAAUUCUUCAGCUUCUAGAAUCCAAGUACAAUGUUACUUUUGUUGAGAGAAGUUGCAGUGAAUCAUUACAGCUUUUUGGAGGUACAGAUCGAUAUGUUGUGAUAACAAUAGAUGAACAGACUGCCAUAAUUUUGGAGACUUUGGAAGAGCUGAAUUAUGAAAAAUCUUCUGAUAAUAUUAUAUUAAGACUGAUGGCACUGUCACUCCAAUACAGCCACUGUUGGAUCGUAUUAUAUUCUAGACAGAGAUUGAAUUCAGAGUACAGCCUCACAGGAAAGACUCUGCAUCAUCUGUCCUUAAUUUAUGCGGGUUUGGUUCCAUUUUCACAGAAAUCAGAAGACUUUGAAGUGAAGGUAGUUCUUGCACCAGGAGUUGAAGAGACAGCAUUGUUAAUUCGUCAGAUUUCUGACAACAUUUUGAUGUCUUCUAAAACAAAUCCUCAUAAAUGGUUGGACAAAUCCUGGCUUUCUGUCUUGCCAUCUGAGGCAGAGAAGUGCUUGCUUACUUUUCCAUGUAUAAACCCUUUAGUAGCUCAGCUUCUGUUAAAAACGGGAUCUUCACUGAAGUGGCUGUUGUCGGCAGCUUUUGACCAACUUCAGGAACUCCUACCUGAGGUUCCGGAAAAAGUUUUAAAGCAUUUUAAUGACAUCACUUCUUUGUACAACCUAAACUCUUUCACUCCUCCAAAAUCGCCCAAGAAAACCGUAUCACCCCAAAAACAGUGGAGCUGCUUCAAUAUGACCUUUCCUCAUGCUUCAUUUUCCAAAUCUCUACUCGGCAAUAUUCAAGGAAAUCUGGAUGGUCAGUAUUCAGAAAUGCUUGAUAACCUACAGAAUAGCACAAGUCAAUCCUUAAAUUAUUACAAAAAUGAAUCUUGGUUGCCUUCAAGAUCGAGUGAGAGGCAGAAGAUGUUAACAUCUUCGCUGUCUUACUGUGGACAGGUCAGUUGCUUUGAUGAGUCAGAUCACAAUGUAAAUGGUCAGCCGUACCUCCCUUUUCUGAAAAAUAUGGGAACAGAUAGGACAGCCAGUCUCUCAUUCUUAAAACAGAGUGAUUCAGAUGUAUUUUCUUUGGAAUCAACCAAUGUGAAUUAUGAAGCCAGAAUCUCACCAUCUAAGACUCUUAUGGAGGAUUACUAUUCAGUGUCCAGCAAGGAUACAGAGGAGGAGAGCUUAACAAUUCCCAUCAGUAAAGAUGUGUACAAAAUCCUUAUGAGACGAGAGAGCAGUCUACGUGACCUCAUUGAGAAGAAGUUUGGCUGCAUGUCUCUCCUUAAGAGUAUAAGAUGUCCUCUUGAAGUAUACAGGAAAAGCCUGAAGGAAGGAAUUGAGAUAUCUGUUUGGAUGGAUGAUAUGACAAGACAUAUGGCUGAUGCCUUGGUGAUCACAGCCAAUGAAUAUCUGGAUCAUAUUGGAGGCCUGGCUCUUGCCCUGAUGAAAGCUGGUGGACCAGAAAUUAAGCAAGAGAGCAAGUGUUACAUUGAGUGCCAUGGACCACUCACCACUGGCCAAAUAGCAGUAACAGGUGGAGGCAGGCUUUCGUGUAAGAAAGUUAUUCACACAGUAGGUCCAAGAUGGGCUGCAAAUGAAAGUGAGAGAUGUUGUCAUAUGCUUGAGACAGCCAUUAUAAAUGUCCUGAAAUAUGUUCGUGCUCCAGAGAAUAAUAUAAAGUCUGUGGCUAUCCCUGCAGUGAGUUCAGGAGUUUUUGGCUUCCCACUAGAUUUAUGUGCUUAUGUGAUCAUACAGACUAUAAAGAAUUUUGUUGUGCUAGCUCCAUUGUUUAGCUGGUUCAAAGAAAUCCACUUGGUGAACAUUGCUGAGCCCACAGUUGCAGCAAUGAAAAAGGCCUGUGAAGAGUUGCUGGGCGGGAGUGACAUCAGUUCACUUCGGGAGAGUCCACCAGUUUCAGCAACCUGGCUUUCAGAUUCAAUCACAAGCCAUGGUCUUUCCCUGCAUAUCAUAAGAGGAUACAUUGAAGAUCAACAAACUGAAGUUAUUGUUAAUUCAGUGGUCAUGAAUGAUGAUCCCUCAGGAGGAAAUAUUUCAAGAGCGCUUCUGGAAAAAGCAGGGCCAUCACUUCAGAAGGAAUUUCUGUUCGAGUUACAAAAACUUCCUCCCUAUUGUGAGAAAUUCAUAUUGACAAAAGGAUACAAUCUCAUGUGCAAGUCAGUGCUACACAUAGUAUGGGCCUCACAAAACAGCAGUGAUUCACACAAGGUACUAAAAACUGCAAUGUCAAGAUGUUUGCUUAUGAUGCAGGAGUAUCAACUUCCUUCAAUUUCCUUCCCUGCAAUUGGGACCAAAGUGCUAAAUUUGCCAAAUGAUGAAGUGGCAGAUAUUAUGAUUGAUGAAGUUUUAAGCUUUGCAAAGGAACGCCCUUGGAAGAAGACAGAUGUGUAUUUUGUGAUCCAUCCAAAUGAUGGUUAUGUCUAUAAGGCUUUCCAAAAAAAGUUGAAUUCAGCAAAAAGCAAAGUGAUAGAAAAUAUGGAAUGCAACAAAUGUUAUGAUUUGGGAUCAUGCUCCAAUAGACGAGCUGAAGCAGAGAAUAAAAAAACUGGACCAGCCAUUGAACUUAUUGGAAACUACCAUGAAAAACUAGAAGCAGCAAAACUAUGGAUCGAAGACAUAAUGCAAGUCCAGGAAACUCACCUUAUCAUUAUAGAAAACAAUCAAAUUUUCAACCUUAGCAAAAGAGAGCAUGCAGAACUCUCUCAUCUGCAGCAUUUUGGUGUAUCCAUAUCAGAAGAAGUGGCUGGUGGAAAAGCAAGAUUAAAGAUUCAAGGUCCUCCUGGUUCCAUAAUUGAUGCAGUGUUUGUGAUCGAAAACUUACUAUUUCAUGCACAAGAAAAUAAAACCAAACAAGAGGAGCUGCUGCAGUCAAAGGGCCAGUUGGAAUGUGAUUAUCCUCCAGAAAGACUCCGAGACAGGACAAGGGAUAUAAAAAUGUAUUUCCAUAUCUCACCAGUAGACUCACCUUGUCAGGAAUUCAAAGACAGAGAAAAACAGUUUGAGAAAGCUGGGCUUCAUUUUCUCAAGAAAAGCUCUAAGCAUUUUCAAGAAGAAAUUGGAGGCUUGGCAUAUAGCUGUCCAGAAGAUCAGGAUGAGAAGACACUUUGGAGUGAAUAUCCAUCCAGACAUGCAUUGGAUUCCUUUGCACCUGACAUCAGACUUUGUGAUUCAUUUGCGAAUCCUGAUGAAUACAGUAGUCUAAAUUUUCACCAAAUAGCUGGAGAGUUUUCAAGAAAGAGAAUGCCUGGUGCAUCAUCAUCAAAUGUAAUAGAAAAAGAGGUUUUAACAGGUUUAGGCUUUGCAAAAGUACCAGAACUCAAAAAAAGGCGACUAACAUUUGAAAAAGCUCCUGGAAGAAGUGAUGGGCAAACUCGUCUUAAAUUCUUUUGAAUUAAAUGGUCAGUCUUACAAUGGAUGUUUUAAAAUGUGUGAAAUAUUUCAAAGGAGCCAUUUUAAAUUUUAUAAUUAUUUUUGACCCAAUUCCCAGGUCAUUUUCUUAUAUUGAGAAGUUAUUAGGUUAAGAAAGUUUUUGCACGUUUAUUAAAUUCUAUUGUUUGAUUGAUUGUAUAUUUUACCAAACAAGUUAUCUACUUAAAGUGGAGAAUUUCUAGGAAAGAUGUCUCUUCUUAAUUUACAUCUAAGAAAAUAAAAA